AUGAAUGCAAACAGCAGCCGGCGGCUCUGGUAGAAGAUGAACCUCUCGGCGGCGGACGUGUGCUGCGCCUUCGAGUCGCCUGUCCUGACCCGGGUUCUGCCGCCCGUCCUCAUCCUGGAGUUCAUGUUCGGGCUGAUGGGCAACGUGGUGGCGCUGUGGAUGUUCGUCUUCCACAUGGACUCCUGGCAGCCCAACUCCGUGUACCUGACCCACCUGGCCGUGGCCGACUCGGUGGUGCUGUUCUGCCUGCCCUUCCGGGCCGACUACUACCGGCGGGGGCAGGACUGGCGGCACGGCGACGCGGCGUGCCGCGUGCUCCUCUUCCUGCUGGCGGCCAACCGCGCGGCGGGGAUCUUCUUCCUCACGGCCGUCGCCGUCGACCGGUACCUGAAGAUCGUCCACCCGAGGAACCGGAUCAACCGGAUGGGUCUGGGCUACGCGCUGUGGGUCUCGCUGGGCCUGUGGGGUCUGAUCUUCCUGGCCACCGGGUACCUCCUGGCCAACGAGCACUUCUUCUACAUCGGCAACCGCACUCAGUGUGAGAGCUUCAACAUCUGCAUGGGCUUCAGCCCGCUCGCCACCUGGCACAACACCUUCUACGUCCUCCAGUUCUUCCUGCCUGCCGCCAUCGUGGCCUUCUGCACCAUCCGGAUCACGUGGCAGCUCCGGGUCCGGACGCUGGACAAGAGCGGGAAGAUCAAGCGGGCCGUGCAGUUCGUGGCGGCCGUGGCUCUGAUUUUCAUCACCUGCUUCUUCCCCAGCACCAUCUCGCGCAUCGCCGUGUGGAUCCUCAAGGUGUGGUACCACGAGUGCGGCCACUUCGAGGAGGCCAACCUGGCCUUCUACACCUCUGUGUGCUUCACCUACUUCAACAGCGUCCUCAACCCGGUGGUGUACUACUUCUCCAGCCCGGCCUUCAGCGGCGCCUUCAACAAGCUGCUGAAUAAGCUGCUGCGGCGGCGAGGAGACGGCGAGCAGGCGAGCGCAACGGAGGACGCGGUCGUCACCGUGGACGGCGAAUAGAUUUAAAGAUGCUGGUCCUCUCAUUGAUGCUGGAGGCACGUUAAAGGUCUGGGUCCCGAUAACAUGAAUAUUAUCCCAGUUUAGAGCUAUAAUAUGAUGCAUGUUCUGCUUUAAGUGUGUACACUAUUACCCAUCUUAAAUAAUAAUUAGCAGCUGUGUACUUGUAAACACAAACCCAUGGGAGGGUUUUUAAUUGGAGCAAUUAUUUUGAACAAAGAAAGAAAAGCGAAUUUUAAAAUGCGAUUAAUACAAUGUUAGUGUUUAGUUAAGUACUUAUUCUGUUGGUCAUUGUACAGUUUAGUUAUUAUACUUUAAAGAAUCACUCAUCUGCGAAGUUGAAUGAUUUCAACAAAUAUUCAAACAGCCAGAAGGAAGGUAAAGGUAGAGAAAAUGCAAGUGAUUCCAAUAAAUAAUGUCACAGUGGUAUAUUUUCUUUAGUCAUUGUGUGUGCAGAUAUUAUUGCACAUUCCCAAAAUUUGUAUCCUGUCAAGUUGUUUUCAGCAAAUGACUGUUGCAAUAACCAACACAAAGUUACAUACUCCGGUUUGCUUAUUUUUAUUUAGCACAUUAAAUAACACCAAAUGUAUAAAAUGUAGUGCGACAUAAAAUA